CGCUUGGAAAAUACUUGACCCAUAAGUCAUUUAAUCAAAUCAAUAAAAUAAUGGUGGACUUCAAUCGAAGGUCUCGGUUUUUUCUGACUCCUUUACUAUUGGUUUGAUUGAUGAUAAGCAUGUUCUUAUUGAAUUUAGCUGUGAUUCCGAUUUCCAACGCUUUUGGGUGAGGAAGAUUUGGGGUUUUAGCGGUUUUGAAAUCAGGGUUUCCAAAUGGACUCCAGAUUUCAUGCCUAACACCGAUUCCCCAAUUACCCCUGUUUGGAUUACCCUUGACAGUCUCCCCAUUGAAAAAUCUGCACUAUUUUCAAUUGCUAGUUCGAUUGGAAAACCUGUCAAAAUAGAUAUAUCUGUUAACUUACCAUCCAAAAUCUGGAUUGGUAAUGGCUCCCACGGAUUUUUCCAGACUGUUACCUACGAAGAAGUUCCCUUAUUUUGCAAGGGUUGCAAAACUUUUGGUCAUUCUCUUAAAAAUUGCAAAAAAGGGAAUUCCAAUACCUUAUCUAUACCAAAUAAGGCAAACUCCAAUAAAAAAUGGCUUCCGAAAAUCUUAGCUAGUGGCGAAUCGAGCCUGGGGAAUCAAUUAACUGAUGAAAACCAGGUUGUUCUUGAACCCCCAUUGACCUCCUAUGAUGCGGACGAGGAGGAAAACCGUGAACACAGUAACACUGAUGAUUGCUGUCCCUGAGCUAACUGUCCCUACCAAAACAACAAUCCCAGCUACAAUAAAGGUUGUGGAGCCUACUAAAACUGGGUUUGUUGUUCCUGAGUUGGCUGUCCAGGCCAAAACUACAUUCCAAGCUCCAAUAAAUGAUUUUGAACAUACUGAAACUGAGCUUGAGGCUCUGGAGCCUCCGCCGGUCCAUACUCCUCCUUGCGAGCAAUUUGUAGAGCAGUCCAUCCCUACCAAUAUAGUUUCACGUGAUAAUGGUUUGCAAAUUACAAAUUACAGUGAAAAAAUAAGAGCUACUGAAAUUGACCCUCCCUCGUCCGACAACAAACAGUAGGGCAUAAGGGUCUACAGAGGCCCCCCUUACAACAUUAUAGCUGAGGACACCCCCUCCCAAAUUAACCCUUUGAAUGAAAACCAACCUACUAAAUAUUUGGUUUAUCCUGCAUCUCAAAAGCUAAACAGUCCUGACGAUAAGGAACCGGAUUGUCUGUCCCUUAUAGAUAUACCGAUCGAAGAAGAAGGAUUCACUCCAGUGGUCUCGAGGAAAAAUAAAAAAAUAAGCCACCAAGACCAACUCACAUCAAUUCAAGUUCCAGUAACAUAUACCAGGGGAUACAAUCAACAUAUACUAACAAGGAGCAAAGCCAAGGCCGGUCAAACAGAGUUUGAAUUCUAAGCUUAUCCCGAAGAACACAAAUACGAAUCGCCGCACAAACUGGUGCGAUUAUUCAGAGGGCGAUCAAAUUUCAUCACAAAUACAACAAAGAUCUAUCUAUACAGGCUGGUCUCCCCAACAAUUAUAACUACUCAGUAAACUUAUAGACUCUACUCUCUUUUAUUUCAAUGCUGCUUAUUUCUUUAACUCUUUCUCGAGUAGGCUUUGGUUUGGCCCUCCUACUCUUUGUACCUCCUUUUUAUUAAUAAAUCGGUGAGGAUUUCUCCGGAAAAAAAUG